GGGCUGCUGCUUUUGUUUGUGCGUGUUUCAGUCUCUUUUCGUGCGCUUUUCCGGCCAGUGCGUUUUACAAAACAUUUUCGUUGCAUUUAGUUGGAUUAUUUGCACAUUUUUGCAGCUGCUGUUUUGCUUACAAUACAAUUCAAUGGCAAUAUGCUAUCCUACGAUCUCAACGAACGUUUGCUGAGCGCCGUUCAUAGCGGCGACUUUGGCCAGGCUCUCAACUGCAUCAUCGAAGGUGCCCAGGCCACCUAUGUAUCCUCCACUUGUGGUCGCACUGCGGUCGGCACAGCUGCUCUGCUUGGUGAUGCCGAGCUUCUUGAACUCCUGGUGCAAUCCUGCGAAGAGCCGCAGCUGAAUCUCUUCCAGCCAUCUCACACCGAUACGUUGGAGAUGGAGAGCACACCCGAUGGCAUGGAGAAACUGGAAUGGGUGGAUGAAUUUGAGAGCGAGGAGAACGAUUCGGAGAAUUCAAAUGGCGGUGGCGAAGAUUCGCAACUAUAUCAUUACUAUGCCAAGACCUUUGAAAAUACCGGUGAAUUCUUGACGCAAUGCUGUCCCAAUUGCCGCCAACAGGAUCCACAUCUCUACGACUCGGAUUUGGCGACGCCACUUCAUUAUGCCGCCGCCUGGGGACACGCCGAGUGUGUGGCUGUGCUGCUCAAGCAUCAGGCACCGAUCAAUGUGGUCAACAGCGAAGGCUACUCGCCACUUCACGUUGGCGCCGGUUUCGCGGAGGUUACGCGACUGCUGAUCAAGCAUGGCGCCCUGGUCAAUGCCAAGACACUAAGUGAUGGCAAGACAGCGCUCCAUUUGGCCAUCGAGAAUCGCUGCAGUGCCGCAGCACAGCUGCUGCUGCAAACGAACAUCAAUAUCAACGAGACCGAUGACGAAGGUGAAACGCCGCUAAUGAUGUCAAUUAUCUGCAAUCUUCAGGAGCUCGCAGUGGAGCUAAUCAAGCGAGGAGCACGCAUCAAUCUGCAGGAUAAGCGCGGCAGCACAGCUCUCUACUUCGCAGCCAUCGGACGCCAUUUACAGUUGGCGCAGCUGCUGCUGGAACGUGGCGCCCGACGACUGCCCUCGCAUCAUCUGUUGCAUCAUUGUGUGGGGCCACGAAGCGUGGAUCUGGCUAUGAUCAAGCUGCUGCUGGAGCAUGGCGAUAGCCUGAGUCUGCGUGACGACGACAACUGCACACCCAUCAUGCUGGCCAUACAUCGCCAGCUGCCCAAGUUGCUGGCUUAUAUGUUGGAUGAGGCUGAUAAGCAACGUAGUCUGGGACUUUACACGGAGGCGCAGGACGAAGGACUGUUGCUGUUUGCCGUGCAGCAGAUCGACGACAUCACACAGUUCAGCAGCAUUUUGCGUGUACUGCUCGCCAAGCUGCCCAGUGCUAGACGCGAUCUCUACAGCUGCAAGGCGCCGCCCACACUGGUCUGUGGGUUCGUCUACAGCGAAACACCGUUGGCGCGCGCCAUCAGCUUGCAUAAGCUGGACAUGGCGCAGUUGUUGCUACGCGAGGGCUGCCAUCUCUCACAGAUCUGCGCCGAACAAGUGAUCAACGAGCUGAGCUCGCUGGGCACGCCACAGGCAUCUGUGUUGGCUCAACUGCUGGCAAAUGCCGGUCUGAAGUUUCCUCAGUCCGCCACAAAUUAUCGACAACUCAGCUCGGAGCCGCGUUCACUUCAAUCGCUGUCGCGUCAAGUGAUACGCCAGCAACUGUUGCUGCCGUUGCAACAGCAACAAUCGUCACUCCAUCAGCUCUGUCCGCCCACAGAGCAGAGUUCCACGCUCUCCCGCAUUGUCGAGGAGAAACUAUGCAUGCCCGCAACGUUGAAGAGAUAUGUGAGCGAGUACUCGGAAGUGCCGACAAUACGAAGCAGGCAAUUGCCGUUGAAUCCGCUGUUGCGUUCAAUAGAGUCCUGGGAUUAAGCACAGUGCAGGGUUCUAAAAAUUUAUUUAGAUUUAUAAUUAUGAAUGAUGUAUUUGUAAUGUUGUAAUAAUGUAUGUUAAUGUAUGGUAGCAUAAGUAUGUUUAGAUUGUAUUGUAUAUUGCCCCUUAGUAAUAGUUAAUGUAAUGUCAAAUUGCAAUUUUAAAAUGGUUCGAGUACAAGUUCUUCUCUAGUCACCCCAUAUAGCAUAGGCAUACUUAUACAGUAAAUAUCUAUCAUAUUGUUCAAUAAGGUUUAGAAUUCACAAUGCCAAUGAACUUAUUGGACAACGUAAGAUUUCUCUUUGAAUCGUUUUUAUCAUUAAUUUCAAUUAAGAUGUAUUCAGUGCAAGGCGGGGUAAUUAUAAAAUAUGAAUAGAGUUUUCUCUUACAGCAUUCUUGUUAAAGUUGUAUUUUAAAUUAUUGGAAAUUUCGAGCAACGUUGCUGUAUUUUGUAAACGUUUUUUAGCAUUUCAAUAAAGAUUUAUCAGGGAAUGGAUUAUUGAAAUAUUUAAAAGGAGUAUUUUCUUACAACAUUUAUGACAAGAUUUAUCUGUUUUUAAAAUGGAAA